AAAAUUAAACAGAUACUUCUGUCAUCUUUUACAGGAAAGAUACAUAACAAGAUUGGUACCGAUAUCCGAAGAUCACAUACAUUACCUCAGAAAGGUCCAUGGAAAGUAUUAUUUUUUGGCACAGAUGAGUUUGCAGUUGAAAGUUUAAAAACUCUACAUAAAAAAUACGAAACAAAAGUUUUGCAACGAUUGGAGGUUGUUAUUGUUGCUAAUGCAAAAGAAAAUGCUGUUACUAAAUAUGCAAAAGAGAACAGAAUCACUUUGAAUAAAUGGCCAAUUGAAAGCAUUUCUGAUUUUCAUAUUGGAGUAGUUGUUUCAUUUGGUCAUUUGAUUCCAUCCAAAAUUAUAAAUUCAUUUCCAUUAGGUAUGCUAAAUGUGCAUGGUAGUUUAUUACCACGAUGGAGAGGAGCAGCACCAUUACCUUAUACGCUAAUGAAUGGAGAAUUACAAACAGGAAUUACAAUAAUGAAGAUAAUGCCAAAAAAAUUUGAUACAGGGCCAAUAGUACUACAAAAGCAAGUAAAUAUUAGCGAAGAUGAAACCUUGCCAGAAUUAACUUCCAAACUAGCCAAAAUUGGUGCAAAUCUUCUAGGAGAAACAUUUGAUAAUUUACCAGAGUUAAUACAGUCUGCAAAACCUCAAGAUGAAAAAAAUGUAACAUAUGCACCCAAAAUAACACAAAAAAUAUCCAUAAUCAACUGGAACGAAAUGUCUGCAAAACGUAUUUACGAUUUACACCGUGCCCUUUUAGUAUAUCCUUUAACUGCAUUCUUUCAGGAUUUGAAAAUAAGAUUAUUAGAUGUUCAGAAAAUAGAAGCUACCUCACUUGGUACACUGAUCACUAAACUCGAAGGAGAAAUGCCAGGAACUGUAGUGUAUGAUAAGAAAAAAGAUGCAUUAAUUGUAAAAUGCAAAGAUGAAAGUUUUAUUGCUGUAAAAAAGGUAAUUAUUGAAGGUAAACGUUGUAUAAGUGCUAACGACUUUCGUAACGGUUUUAUAGCUGCUAAACGUAAAAAGAAAGAAUGUUUUUCUUGAAUUACGUCUCUCAAAAAUGAAUAUUAAAUUAUAUAAAAAUGCAUUUAAUAAAUUACUUGAUAAAUAAAUUAAAAAUGAUUCGUUUUAA